AUGACAAUUUCCUGUUAUAAGCAGUUGUUAGACAAAAUAUAUCAAGCAGAGGCCAGUCCUCACGGAUUUAAAAUUCAGUGUGGAAAAGAGCUUAUAAAGAUUAAAAGACCUGAUGACAAGCCUUACUCUGGAUGGUUACAUCUUGGGAUGCCUGGGAUUGGUACCCCAGUACAACUUAAUCCUCUGAAUUUUUUCAGCAUUAUGAGACUCUGGAAGGGCCCUGCACUGGGAGGCAAAGGAAAGGAGUUGCUGAUUGUUGGAGGUUCUUUUGGUCUUCGUGAGUUUUCACAAAUCCAUUAUGAUGCUGUGAAGAUUAAAAUUGAUCCUGAGUUAGAAAAAAAGCUGAAAAUGAAUAAAGUGUCAUUGGAAUCAGAGUAUGAGAAAACAAAGGACUCCACUUUUGAUGAGUGGAAGAAUAUUCAAGGACCCAGGCCUUGGGAAGAUCCUGACCUUCUCCAAGGAAGAAACCCAGAAAUUCUUAAGACUAAGACAACUUGCCUAUGCUGA